CACAGGGGCCACGCUUCCUGUAGGAGGCUGCUAUCCAAUCCACCCCCAGUGCAGUGAGGAAACCUCCUCUCUGCUUCAACCUCCCCUACAACCAGAAUAGGGCCAGGGUAGCUGGGUUCUGUUCUCUGGGCUGGGGCCUGGAUUCUCUACCCCUGACUGGCUGGGGGCUGUGAGCAAGUCACUUCCUCUCUGUGCUUUGGGCUCCCCCUUGGAGUCCUGCUGUUAGGGGAAGAGAGCAGUGAGGGAGGCAGCUCUGAAUUAGGCAAAGGGGCAGCCGCAGGGACCAAGCUUCUGUCCUGUGAGACGGAUGGGCGUGAGGGGUUGAGAUUCAGGAGACCUGGGCUUGAUUUCUGGCUCUGCCACAGACUCUGGGGUUGAGUUUACUUGGGCAAGUCACUCCAUCCGUGCCUCGGUUUCCCCUCUGUAAAACAGAGAUGGUAAGACUGGCCCACAGUGCUUUGAGAUCUAAGGAUGGAACAUGCCAUGCAAGUUAAGAGCUGGGCUGGGACCGGAUGGCUGUGCAUGGAGAGAACCAGCUUUAACCCUUUCGGUGCUGGGCAGGGGUGUGGACCUGAUCACCGUACAGUAAAGGAAUGGUUAGGGUAGUUACACACCCAGUGCAAUCUUAGCUGGACCCAAGGCCCCUGGCUCUGAGAUGUGGGUGCUACAGGGGGGACACUCCUGAGACCCAGUUACAUUCCCCUGGUGCUGGUUUUAGGGUACUGAGAGUUCAUCAAAUCUAACCACCCACAGGGACCGUUACCCUCAUCUAGCUUGAUCUGCAGAGCACAGGCUACGGAGGGCUGCCUGGUGAGUCCUGGAUCCAGCCCGUAUCUUGUAGCGGAGCUAGCGUAUCUUACCUAGGACUGGACGUCAAGGGGUAGAGAAUGUACCACGUCCCCAGGCGAGGCAGCGGGACGGAGCCGAGCGCGCCCCACCCCUCCAGCCAUGACUGCCCCCAAGGCCCCGGCCAGUUGCCACCAGCUGCGAGAGUUUGACAGCGUCAAGGACUCCAUUGCCGACCUCAUCAACCAGCUGCAGGACAUCGACCCGAGCCGCCUCUCCUUCUCACCCUUCCUGGACCUGGACACCCAGAUCUCCCUGGCGCCCGUCUCCGACAGCCCCGAGUCCUCCGUCGAGGAGCUGCACUCCACCUCCGAGGAGGAGGCCUCCCUCAGCCUGGCUACAAGCGACUCUCCAGGGCCAGAGGCUGAGCCGGUGGAGGGGAUGCAGAGCCAGGGGACUGGGCCUCUCCUGGGGGAGGACCCCCAGCCUUCCACGGUGCCGGGGGACCCCGGGCUUCCCGUGGCAAUGGACCCCAAAGACCCCAUCCUUCCACUGGGCUGCGACCCACGGGAGACUGGCAGGGCGGGGCCUGGAGGCAGCGUGGUGGUGGCGGUGCCCAAGGAGACCUGCUUCCUGGACAGGGUGGGGGCAGAAACCCCCAUGGUGCAGCACAUGGAGCACCUGCCCGCCGGCAGGGAGCCAAGCAGGGCACAGCCCUCCAGCGAGGGGCCAGCAUGCCCCACGGCCAGUCGGCCUCUCCCCAGGGAGGAGCAGCCGUUCCUCGGCUCGGGCGUGGAGCCGGUUUCCUGUGGCCCCGAGGAGCCCGCCCCUCGCCCGCCGGGGAAAUGCUGUGGCUGCGGCACCAGCUCCCACCUGAAGGCCGUGUCCUCGGUCUUCGUCUCGCUGCUCCUGGCGCCCUGGGUCCUCUACGGCCUCUAUUACCUCCUGCCCUUCGAGCCGCCGCUCUGCCCGGACCUGGCCAGCCGUGCGGCCUUCGCUCUGCGCUGCCUCCUCAUCGCCGUGGUGCCCAGCAUGCUUGGGGUCAUGUUCGGGGCUCUCGCCAAGCUCUGCUCGGUGGCCAUCGACCCACUGGACACACGCUCCCCGCCCGUCCUGCUCCACCGGCUGUACAUCGCCAGCUCCAUGGAGCAGCUUGUCAUCUUCGGCCUCAACACGGUGGUGCUGGCCACGUUCCUGGCCCAGGAGCACCUGCGCCUCAUCCCCAUCCUGGCCGGGCUCUUCUCCGUCGGCAGGUGCUGUUACUGGAUCAGCCUCCACGUCGCCAGCGCUUACCGUGGCUUUGGCUUCGGCCUCUCUUUCUUCCCGGCCCUGGCGAUGACCGCCUACAACCUGUUCUGUCUGUACGACCUGGGCUUCGCCUUCCUCUUCGCGCCCUCUCCAGCGGGUGGGGGCGGCGGCGGGGCCACGCCUGCCCCCACGCGGGAGCCGGCGAGCCAAGGCACUUGAAGGAGGAGACGGCAUAGGAUGGGGAGAGGCGUGAGCUCCAGCAGCCUCCAGCUCUGAACAGCUGCUCCAACCCAGCUUGGAUCAAUACUGAGGCAGCGUAAAGCAUCCCUCCUCCAGGCCAUCCCCAGCUGUGCCCUCCCACCCCUGAGCUGGGCAGUGCUGAGGGAUGGACGAGCCCCAUAGCUGAAGGCAACUUCUUAGCAAGCACCGCCGUAAGGUCACUAAGACACCACAGAGCAGCAGGGCCCAGCACCGUGCUACCACACAGAAUGGGAAGGGCUUUUCCCAGCCGAACGCCUGCAGCGUGCAAAACUGCUCCGGCAAGCUCCUAGGAAUACUGUAACUGCCCAGGGAGAUCCCCUGGGUCUCUCCCUCCCUCCCUCCAUCCCAGCCGUGCCAGGGGCUGUGCUGUGUGCCAGGGGCAGAGCUGUCUCUGCAGCCUGGCCAAGGUUAAUCUGAGCCCAGAGGAGAGCGGCUUUAGCCUCUCCCUUUGAUGUGGCCUGGUCCUACCUCCCUCUGGCAUGCUGCAGCCAGGGCAGGGAGAUGAGCAACUGUAGUGUCCUAAUGACCGGCUAAGCCUGGCCGAGCGGGUCAUGUGGGCAGACCUGGGCUAAAAGCCUGGCUUGGUUGCCCUUGAAAAUUAGCCUGAACCCCCAGGAGAAGGCUCUGAAAUCCUCAGCCCCAGUCCUGUCAUUUGUCUUGCUGUUUCCUCCACGGGGCCAGGGCGCCUCACGGCCACUGCCCGGCCCCUGGAGCAGUGCCCAGAGGAGCCGCCCCCCCCACAUACAGGCAGGUUACAGAACACAGACUGCAGGCACAAGUCGGGUACUCAGUUGUGUGAGUGGCUGGGGGGUUAAGCCCUUCUCUGUGCAUUUAUCAUCCCAAAUACGCUUGAUCAAAGUGACUUUCUGAGUUAAGAGGGGCAGCGGUGGCUCGCUGGGAGAGAGGAUUUCAUCCGGAGCAGAGCAGUAGCCAGUGGGCUUGAUCCAGCAUUGCCCUGCUCCUCAGGGGGGUACGUAACCCACGGCAGGGUGCCCCCUGCUCCCAGAGCAGAAGGGUGACGAUUGGUAGAGGGGAACAGGAAAGCAGGCUGGCUGGGGGAGGGUGUGGAUGCUGGCUGGUGAGCUGUGUGGGAUGCAGGGGGCAGGAGCAAGCCCGGGUGGCGGGUAAGCAGCGGGUGGAAGGGGAGCUGGUUGGUUGUAGUGUGACAGGAGACGGCUGUUAGUGCUGUUGGGGGGGACAUGCCGUGGUGUUGUGGCAAGAUGCUGUGCUGGGCCCAGGACCUUACAGAGACAAGGCAGGUGAGGAAAUCAUCUUUUUUUGUCCCUCACCCCUAGAAGUCAGGCCACUAAAAGACAACACUUCCCUCACCUCGGCUCUGUCUGAUCACCACUAAGAGUUCGAACUCCCCCACCACUGCCCGAGGCAGAAAAACACCUGCCAGGAUCUCGGCUUCCUCCCUGCCGUGGAUGAUUUGCCAGGACGGCGUAGUCCCUUUCCUAGGUAACCCCACUUCCGCUCUGCCCAGAAGGGACAGCACCUGAACUGUGAAUUCUGAGAAGGGAAACUUGGGGCGAAGCUGCCCCUCCCCCAAGGCCAAGCCCCUCAGUUCUGUUCCUGGAGCAGAAACCUGCCUCCCUCCUCUACUUGUACAACCCCUGUGCAGGCCUGGGCCCAGCGCCGCAGCUGCAGGAACUCCCUUAAAAUCCAAGCAGAGGGUCCGGUCGGCCGCUUCCUGUGCAAAAAGGCCCUUACGUGUAGUGACGGUGGCCACUGCUCUGCUGGUUCCCUGCAGAAACUACCCGGGGAAAAACCUCUGAACAAAAUAAAAUAUUGUUUCUACCUCUUCAG